AAGAAAAAAAAAGACCCAGUCUGUUAUGAUGUUAGUUUGUAUAGGUUAGGUAAUUUAAAGGUUAGAAAAAAGGAAACAUUGCAAUGCAGAAUGGUUGUAAUAGUGUAACUCUACGAAUUGUGGUCUUAGGAAACAUGCGUAUUACACAGUAAUCACGUCCGUAAAAGUAGUGUUUGAUAAUACUAUCUUGCUACAUACAUUACAAAAGUAUGUUUGCUUUUAACAAUCGAUUGAAAGUACUAGGUUCAAGGCAUCAUUGUCUUAUCAAAAGGUUUUAUAGUUCAGACUCUUCAAUUUCUUCUGAAACCUACUGUGCUGAUUUAGUCAGGAAAUACGACUAUGAGAACUUUUUGUGUUGUCUUCUCCUAUCCAAUGCAGUCAGAUCUACAGCAUUUGCAGUGAGAGGUUUCAAUGUGGAAGUGGCCAAGGUGGAGGAUCAAGUUAGUGAAUCCAGGCUGGCCCAGAUGAGGCUCCAGUUUUGGAUAGAAACUCUGGAUAAGUUAUACAAGGAAAAUGUUCCACAGCAUCCUGUCGCUCAGGAGCUUUAUAAGGCCAUUCAGAGGCACAAGUUGCAGAAGCACCAUUUGCGCAGUCUGGUGUCGGCGAGAGUAGGUCGGCUCUCUUCCGUGACGUUUCCAAACUUGGAGGCUCUGGAACAGUAUGCAGAAUCCUCUGUGUCUCCCAUCUUCUACUUGCUGCUACAGGCUGUAGGUGUCCAGAAUGUACAUGCGGACCACGCGGCUAGCCACCUAGGCAAGGCACAGGGCAUUGCGAACACAGUGCGCGGUCUCCCCCAUCACUGUAAGCGGCGUAUUGUCACGCUGCCACAGGAUGUAUUGAUCCGCCACAAUGUUGCACACGAAAGCGUGAUACGCGGCUCACGUGACCAAUCAGUGCGAGAUGUAGUGUUUGAGGUAGCUACACGAGCCAAGCAACAUCUUGAUAAGGCGAGGAGUAUAAAAGAUAAGUUGCCCAAGGAAGCCCACAUCCUGUUGCUGCCAGCAGCUGGCACUGCCUGGUACCUGGAGAAGCUUCAGCAGCUAGACUUUGACGUGUUCCAUCCCAAACUCCAGAGGAGAAACCAACUCCUGCCUUGGACAUUGUAUCUCAACAAAUUUUUGAAAAGGUUCUAGCCAGUAUUGUAAUUUAUUUGUUGUUAAUCCAAUAGUGUUUUUUUUGUUAGUAAAAGAAUUAAAAAAUCA